AUGUUCAAGAGCGGCAUUUCCCGGACCCUCGGAAGGUCUGCAUUUGCACGACCUUCCUCCUCUGUCCUCUCUUCCGUCCGCCCAACCUUCAAGAACAAUGCUCUCCAAGCUCUCACAGCCAGAUAUGCCAGUACGGACUCUGCCAACAUCGGCAAGAUCCAUCAGGUCAUCGGUGCCGUCGUUGACGUGAAAUUCGAUACCGAGACCCUUCCCUCCAUUCUCAACGGUUUGGUGACCGACAAUGGCGGCCAGAAGCUGGUCCUCGAGGUCGCUCAACAUUUGGGUGAGAGAGUUGUGCGAACAAUUGCUAUGGACGGUACCGAAGGUCUCGUUCGUGGUGCCAAGGUCACUGACACUGGCCUUCCCAUCCAAAUCCCUGUCGGCCCUGGUACUCUUGGACGUAUCAUGAACGUCACUGGUGACCCAAUUGACGAGCGAGGCCCAAUUAAGGGUGUCAAGAUGGCUCCUAUCCACGCUGAAGCCCCCGAGUUCGUUGAGCAGUCCACCUCUGCUGAGGUUCUCGUCACUGGUAUCAAGGUCGUCGAUCUCCUUGCCCCAUAUGCCCGUGGUGGUAAGAUUGGUCUCUUCGGUGGUGCCGGUGUCGGUAAGACUGUGUUCAUCCAGGAGUUGAUUAACAACAUUGCCAAGGCUCACGGUGGUUACUCUGUUUUCACUGGUGUCGGAGAGCGUACCCGUGAAGGAAACGAUCUCUACCAUGAAAUGCAGGAAACCCGUGUCAUUCAGCUCGAUGGCGAGUCUAAGGUCGCCCUUGUCUUCGGCCAGAUGAACGAGCCCCCAGGUGCCCGUGCCCGUGUUGCUCUUACUGGUUUGACCAUUGCUGAGUACUUCCGUGAUGAGGAGGGUCAAGACGUGCUUCUCUUCAUUGACAACAUUUUCCGUUUCACUCAGGCUGGUUCCGAAGUGUCUGCCCUGCUUGGUCGUAUCCCAUCUGCCGUCGGUUACCAACCCACUCUUGCCGUCGACAUGGGUGGUAUGCAGGAACGUAUUACCACCACCAAGAAGGGAUCCAUUACCUCCGUCCAGGCCGUCUACGUCCCUGCUGACGAUUUGACUGAUCCUGCUCCUGCCACCACCUUCGCCCAUUUGGACGCCACCACUGUCUUGUCCCGUGGUAUCUCUGAGUUGGGUAUCUACCCAGCUGUCGACCCUCUCGACUCCAAAUCCCGUAUGCUUGACCCCCGUAUCGUCGGUGAGGACCACUACAACACUGCCACCCGUGUCCAGCAGAUGUUGCAGGAGUACAAGUCCCUCCAGGAUAUCAUUGCUAUUCUGGGUAUGGACGAAUUGUCGGAAGCUGACAAGCUUACCGUCGAGCGUGCCCGUAAAAUGCAACGUUUCCUUUCCCAGCCUUUCACCGUCGCCCAGGUCUUCACUGGUAUCGAGGGUGCCCUUGUUGACUUGAAGGACACCAUCCGAAGCUUCAAGGCCAUCAUCAACGGUGAAUGCGAUGAUCUCCCAGAAGCCGCCUUCUACAUGGUUGGAGACAUUGAGUCCGCCCGUGCCAAGGGAGAGAAGAUCCUGGCUGAGCUUGAAAAACAAUAG